UGCAGGUAAUCUGCAAGUCGCCUGUGUCACAUGGCGACCAGCAUCGACCAGAGCCAUUUUAUUUGCUCGAGAGGAUCGAAGGCAUCAAACCUUUGUGAAGGUUUUAUGAAGCACAUGGCUGUCCGGAGUCUGGUAGCUAACCACGCGCAGUCUGUUCUGAGCGUCAUCCCGGAGGCUAUGGACGAGCUCUGCGACACCAUGCAAAACACAGAGCGAAAUCUUGGUGACAAGCAUGCUCAUCGGGCCAUUGCUAAGCACCAGAAGGACCUCGAAAUGGCACGUGAGCAGGUGAAGAACUUCUUGAUCAAGAACGGAUUUCCCACCAACAACGUGAAUUGCAAGAGGAGGCAUUUCUUGACUGUGACCUAUCCAUUACACCAAGCAGUGAAGCAGAACAACCCGUACAUCACUUACAAACUCUUGAUCUUUGGCGCCAAUCCCUUGGCCAAAGAUGUCUGGGGCCGUACGGCCUAUGACUAUACCAAGGGUCACGCCUCACAUGAGAAGAUUCGGCAAGUCUUUGAAAAGCUCGGAAUGUCUCCCAAUUCUCCACGGUGGCAUGCCUCCUCCAAGCUCCAGCUCACUCCCCCUCCCAUUGGCUGGGAGAGGUUCUUUGCAAAGGUAGCGCAAGAUCCUUUGGUGCAAACACCCAACAGUGAGGAGCAGUGGUUCCAAGAGCUCGGGGCACGAUCCACUCGUGGAUUUGCCCGCACGACCACGCAGCGUGUGGAGCCACGCGCGGCGUAGGAGGCGACGCAGCGAGAGCUGCGUCGCAGAGCGCAUGUUCAAAGGGUGGAUCGAAGGGUUGGACUCUGUGCGACUCUCGG